CGAGCUUCUUUUGAAGGCAUCUACAGUGUGUGGAAUCUGCAGCCCACCAAAUCAUGUGAACCAGCUUUUCCACGGCUGACUUUCAUACGGAGACUCCCUGUCCACGCCGAUUGGCUCAUUGUUACACAUUUUUCCUGACGAUUGGUUCAUGGGAGUGCGUCAGGUCUCAAUGGAGCCUGAACCUUGUAACCAAGGGGUGGAAUAAAGUUUACAGGCAAACUUUGACAAGAGACGCACAUUUGGACACCUGGACAAGUGCACUGGGCUUAGUUACUGUUAUACUGGAACUAUGAAAAGUUUUAAACAACGACUUAAGAAAAACGAGAGUACAGAAUGGGGAAAGUAUGAUGAGCGUCUCAUGAAGGCGGCAGAGAAUGGAGAUAUAGAGAAACUCACAGCCACACUCAAGAAAGGAGCCAACCCCACCAAACUAGACUCAGAGGGCCAUUCUGCGUUUCAUGUUGCUGCUAGCAAAGGCCUCAUAAACAGCCUAAAUGUUUUCCUGGAGAACGGUGUCAACUUGAAGGCUUUAGAUGCUGCCGGUAAAACCGCUUUGCAUCUGUCUGCCGCAGGCGGUCAUCCCAUGUGUGUGCAGAGGCUGCUGCAGUGUAAAUGUCCUGUUGACAGCGCAGACCUGCAGGGCCGUACAGCUUUGCAUGAUGCAGCAAAUGUAGGCUGUAAAGCCGCCAUCAAAAUGCUCUUUGACAGCGGUGCAUCUAUUGAUGCUACUGAUGCAGAUGGUAGAUCACCUUUGUUGCUUGCUGCUAAGACGAGCCAACCAAGAGCAUGCCAGUUGCUUGUGCAAAAUGGAGCACGCACUGUUCUUCGAGACAAGCAAAGCAAGACUGCGCUAAUAUUAGCUUGUGAGAACUCCUGUAAAGAAGUGGUGGAGAUUCUCCUGAAGACUAAGGCAGAUGUUUCUGCAGUGGACAUUUAUGGCCAUGACGCUUACCACUAUGCCAAACUAAGUCAGAAUCAAGACUUGAUCACUCUUGUACAACAUGCCUUGGAAACAACCACUAAAGCCAAAGAGACUGCCAAUGUUUCACAGAAGAUUCAACAGGCACAGGCUAAACCCUGGACCAAAGCAGGAUCAGUAAAGACGGAGAAAGCUGUGUCAGAGCCACUAACAAAGGAACAUGGCAGUCACUCCACUGAAGGAAAAGGUGCCAAACAAGGUCAUAAUCUGGAUUCUACACAGGUCAGGCCUGCACAUUCAGCUCCUGUGCCAGUGAGAUCUACUCCGAUGGAGUUAUUGCCCGGCGAGGUGGAGGCCCUUAGGAGAGAACUACGAGAUGCACGGAGGAGGCAAGAAGUAGCAGAGGCGGAGGUGCACAGGCUGGACACGGAACUGGCUCUGCGUUGUCAGGAAUACGAAGGUCUGAGGAGGAGCAGCGAACAAGCUCUGCAUGCGUCCCAUAACCGGUCAUGGGAGCUGGAGGAGGCCUUGGGUGAGGUGCAAAGAAGGAUGGCCGGCUCAGAAUCCCGAGUGAGACAGAUGCAAGCUCAUCUCGUAGCCGUCAGGGAGCACUUGGUGGAAGAGCUGAGAGUCCAGCUUCAAGAAGUCAAAGGUCAGCGGGAGGCAGCCGUAGCCGAACUGGGGAGAAUGCAGAAGGAGCUCAGCCAGAGCAGGAGGGAGGUAGAGCAGCAGAAGCAGAACCAGGGCUCCUUGAUGCAGGAACUUGGCCGGCUUUCCCAGGAGCUGCUCAGCAGAGAAGAGCAAAUAAACACACUGAGGACGAGGUUAGCAGGAAUGGAGACGCAGCAGGCUGAGACGUUGUGUAAAGAAGCUCAGACCCCAUCAGAAUGGUGCCCGACACAUGCGAAGAGCACCACGACCGACCUCAUCACGGAGACCAGCGAACCAACCGUAGAUCUGGAGAACUACAUCAGCAAGGGUGAGCACACAGUCAUAACUAGCUCACUGAACAAUGCACUGCAAAAUGCCGAAACCAAAGCUGACGAGGCUCUACAGAAGUACCAGUGCGCCCAGGAAGAGAACCAGAGCCUGCUGAGAGAACUUCAAGAGCAAAAGACAGAGCUGGACACAAUCCAGGAGGCUCUGAAGUCCAAGUUUGCUCCUGUUGUCUUAGUGGAGGAAAAGGAGAACGAGGUGGAACGACUCAAACUAGCCCUUGAAGAGAUGGAGAAGAGACAAUACCAGGCCAGUUUGAGCAUCUCAAACACAAAAGAGGAGGGUGUUCAGACAGAAGAACACAGGCAGCCAUGCGCAAGUGAAGUACAGCAUAACCAAGUCUCUUCUACAGGGAGUGACAGAGCAGAAUGUGAAGUCACUAGAAUUGCAGCGGAAAACGUGCAGUCAAGUGGAAUAGAGAGCAAAAGUAGCACAACUGAGGACCAGGGGAGGACAUCACCAGAUCAAGUUGUCAAGUCAUCAGUGAAGCAUGAGGGACAGAGGUUGGCUCAGGUCAACAUAUCAGAACCCGUCGGCUCCUGUGAACCAUCACAAUCAGACAGCUCCCUCCAGGCUCAGGUCUACAGCCUACAACAGCAGCUAGAGAAUUCGGAAAAGCAUUACAAACAUGUGCUUUCAAUAUACCGAACACGGUUGCUCAGUGCAGCACAGGGUUUCAUGGACGAAGAGGCCAGAGUGGCUCUGCUUCAGAUUGCCAAGAUGAGAGAGUGCUGAGCGUUCAUGUGCAUAUCCAUAUAUGUAUCGACUUUACUGUUCAAAAGUUUGGGGUUGGAAAGAUUUUUGUAAUGUUUUUGAAAGAAGUUUCAUAUGUUAACCAUGGCUGCCUUUAUUUGAUCAAUUGUGAAAUGUUGUUAGAAUUUAAAAGAACUGCUUUCUAUUUAAACAUGUCGUCAUAUUUUAAAAACGUUUUUCUGUAAUGGCACAGCUGAAUUAUCAGCAGCCAUUACUCCAGUCUUCAGUGUCUCAUGAUCCUUCAGAAAUCAUUCCAAUAUGCUGAUUUGAAGAAACAUUUCUUAUUAUUGCCAAUGUUGAAAACAGUUGUGCUGCUUAAUGUUUUUGUGGAAAGCGUGAUACAUGUUUUUCAUGAUUUUUUGAUGAAUAGAAAUAAAAUUCUAAAUGUCUUUACUGUCACUUUUGAUCAAU